AUGCCCAUCUCCUUUUCGGUUAUUCAACCUAUCGUAAGUCUUAUCGGCGAUCUCUUCGUCGACACGAUUCAUGAGAAGACAACCAAAGAGCGUGCCAUCUCAGGCUUUACCACUCAAACUCACCCCGGCAUCAACGAUUACUGCGUCAAGAUUGCAAAUUUGACACUCUUUGAUGCUACCAUCGCCUUCAUUAGCAAUGGGGCCACCCCACGAGUCGCCACGGCCUUGGUUUCAGAAAUGUUCCGAGCUACAUCCACGACAGUCCCUCCUACUCGCCUCGUAUCUGAUCUCUCCGAGGCCAGAUUGGCUGCUUACAUGCGGUGCGUCAUCGCGUACAAUCUGCAGACCUUGGCUGACGUUCUUCGUCAAAAAUGGACGUUCUCACUUUCCUUUGCAGAAGUCAAGCACGAAACCAAUCACUACAUAGAUGUUGGUGUUCGCUUCUGUCUCGGUGAUGACUUGCAUGCGUUCCACAUUUUGUGCUGUCCGCUUCCGAACCGAUUCAACAAAGAUGAAAUAGUGAGGUCUAUUUACGCAGUCCUCGACGCCCUGCACCCGUCGUGGAAAAAGUCCAUCAUCGCUGUCUCUACGGAUGGUGCAGAAGCGGCAGAAGUAGCGGCCCAAGAACUUCUCGUUCACCUGCGACCGGAGAGCUCAGGAGCUCUGAUGCAUACGUGGUCCGGUGCCCAUCAACUUGACCUUCUUGUUUCAUCCACAAUCCGGACAGUCCUCGACGAGUCUUACUUCAGCUCUCUUAACAAUCUAAUCACUUUUCUGCACAGCCAAGAUUCGUUCAUGGCUGAGACCAAAUCGCCAUGCCCCAAAGCAACUGUAUCAAGUUGGCUGUCCAUCUGGGCUGCACUUGAAUGGCUCAAAUUGUAUCGUAUCCGAAUAGUAGAAGUGUUAGAAGAAAAGAAAACUGGAUUCGAGCCCAGUGCGCCGUGGUGGAUUCUUUCAAUGGGUCUUCUCGAGUUUGUCCGUGCUGUAGCAAAGACAUACAAUCGUAUCCAGGGGUUUACCAGGUUACUCUCCAAACAGGUGUCCCUCUUGUCCGAGCUCUUGCGUACUCUUAAGCGGUUGUCGGGAUGCAAAGGACCUAUCACUCGUGAUGAACUCGGCCUCCUCAGUCAAUGGGAUCUCAUCACCGAUGGUAAUUACGUCGUUCGGAAAACAACUGUUCAAUCUUUUCUAACUGGGCUUGGUUCAUUUGUAUAUGUUUCCGCAAACGAACUUCCGCAGAGCACUGUGGACGGUGUUGUCCAUGCUGUAAGCACACUAUUUUUGUCUUCCAUUGUUGGUUUAGCAUCGAUAGUCGAAUCGCGCAAAGAACCAUCAGCAGGCGCUGAUGAACUGUGCCCUGUUCUCCCAAACGAACUUGUCAAGCUGUCACGCACAGACUUCAACAGAGUACUUCGGAGUCAUGCUGAUCGCCUAUCUCCGAAGAUGAGCUGUGAAGACCUUGACCGAACGGAAGAAGAGUUUGGGCGAUUGACAGAGGCCUGUUACAGGGAGGAUGUUUUCAAUUCAUCAGUGCAAAAUGUUAAGAGCUACUCGACAUUUGCAAAUGCGUGGGGAAUGCUUAGGGGUCGUUUUCCUCUCCUUUACGAAUUUUGUGGUGGAAUCGGAUCAGGUUAUCCGGGUUCUUUUUCAAAAUCUGUGAACUUUAGUGUGAAAGGAGGCCACACAGAAUUGUUUCGAAUUAGGGGCAUGACGGAUUUUCCAUUAGAGGGAUCCCUCCACUGCCAGCAGUACCAGAAGCUAAAAGGAUUAACGAUGUCAUGCACACCGAAUGAAGUUGCAAUCAGUUCACACUUGUGUCGGUGA